GAAUAUUCUUGCAAGAUGUCAGCACUGAGGAUUUGGGUAGCCCAAGCUUUGCUCAUUUUCCUCACCACUGAAUCAAUAGGUCAGGUUUUGGAACCGUGUGGUUUUAUCUACCCUGCGUUUCCGGUCGUACAGCGUGGCUCUGACUUCACUGCCAUCUGUGUGCUGAAGGAAAAGUGUCUCCAGCAGUAUGAAGUAAAUGCUAGCUACAUCGUGUGGAAGACAAACCAUGUUGCUGUUCCCAAGGAGCAGGUCACCGUCGUCAACAGAACCACGUCCAGUGUCACGUUCACAGACAUAGCCCUCCAGGCUGUCCAGCUCACCUGCAACGUCCUGUCGUUUGGGCAGAUCGAGCAGAACGUGUAUGGAGUCACCAUCCUCUCGGGCUUUCCCCCAGAUAUACCCACAAAUCUGAGUUGCAUUGUGAACGAGGGGAAGAACAUGAUGUGUCAGUGGGACCCAGGAAGAGAGACAUACCUUGAGACAACCUACACUUUGAAAUCAGAGUGGGCAACAGAUACGUUUCCUGAUUGUCAAACGAAAUACAACACGUCCUGCACUGUCAGCUACACUCCUAUCUAUUUUGUCUACAUUGAAGUCUGGGUGGAAGCUGAAAAUGCCCUUGGCAAAGUCUCCUCAGAAUCCAUCAAUUUUGACCCUGUGGAUAAAGUGAAACCCAACCCACCACAUGACUUAUCAGUGACCAACUCAGAGGAAUUAUCCAGUAUAUUAAAGUUAACAUGGGUCAACUCAGGCUUUGGUGGUAUCGUAAGUCUGAAGUUCGACAUUCAGUAUAGGGCCAAAGAUGCCUCAACCUGGGUCCAGGUCCCUCUUGAAGACACAGUGUCUCCCCGGACUUCCUUCACGGUGCAAGGCCUUCAGCCCUUCACAGAGUACGUGUUUAGGGUCCGCACCAUCAAGGAGGACAGCAGGGGCUACUGGAGCGACUGGAGUGCAGAAGCACGCGGAGUCACGUAUGAAGACAGACCAUCCAAACCACCAAGUUUCUGGUAUAAGAUAAAUCCAUCCCAUACUCAAGAGUCUAGAUCUGCACGGCUCAUAUGGAAGGCGUUACCUGUUUCUGAAGCCAAUGGAAACAUCCUGGAUUAUGAAGUGAUUCUUACACAGUGGAAAUCACUCCCACAGAAUUACACAGUUAAUGGUACAGAACUGACAGUAAAUCUCACCAACAAUCGCUACAUAGCAUCUCUAACAGCCAGGACUAAGAUUGGCAAAUCAGAUGCAACUGUCCUCACCAUCCCCAGAUCCCACUUCAAAGCUUCUCACCCUGUAGUGGAUCUUAAAGCAUUCCCAAAAGGGAACGAGCUCUGCAUAGAAUGGACUCCUCCGCCUAAGUCUGUGGUCAAAUACAUCGUUGAGUGGUGUGUGCUGUCAGACACGUCACCCUGUGUCCUGGACUGGCAGCAAGAAGAUGGCCCCAGGAACAAAACCUGCUUACGAGGCAAGCUGCUGGAGAGUAAGUGCUAUCUAAUCACAGUGACCCCCGUGUUCAUCGGUGAGCCGGGACGGCCGGAGGCCAUAAAGGCAUACCUCAAACAAGCCGCUCCUUCUAGAGGGCCGACUGUCCGCACGAAGAAAGUGGGGAAAAGCGAAGCUGUCUUAGAGUGGGACCAACUUCCUGUUGAUGUCCAGAAUGGAUUCAUUAGGAACUACUCGAUAUCUUACAGAACCAUUGAUGGGAAUGCAAUGGUUGUGAAUGUGGACUCAUCCCACACACAGUACACCUUGUCCUCUUUGAGCAGCGACACGCUGUACAUGGUCCAAAUGGCAGCGUACACAGACGAAGGCGGGAAAAAUGGCCCGGAGUUCACUUUCACAACAUCAAAGUUUGCUCAAGGAGAAAUAGAAGCCAUAGUCGUGCCUGUGUGCUUAGCGUUCCUCUUGACAACUCUGCUGGGAGUCUUGUUCUGCUUUAACAAGCGAGACCUAAUUAAAAAACAUAUCUGGCCUAAUGUUCCAGAUCCUUCGAAGAGUCAUAUUGCCCAAUGGUCACCUCACACUCCCCCAAGGCACAAUUUUAACUCCAAAGAUCAACUGUAUUCAGACGGCAAUUUCACUGACGUAAGUGUUGUGGAAAUAGAAGCAAACAACAAGAAGCCUUGUCCAGAUGACCUGAAGUCGCUGGACCUGUUCAAGAAGGAGAAAAUAAGUACGGAAGGCCACAGCAGUGGCAUCGGGGGGUCUUCAUGCAUGUCAUCUUCCAGGCCCAGCAUCUCUAGCAACGAGGAGGCCGAGUGUGCGCAGAGCACGGCCAGCACUGUGCAGUACUCCACGGUGGUGCACAGCGGCUACAGGCACCAGGUCCCGGCAGUGCAGGUGUUCUCCAGGUCUGAGUCCACCCAGCCCCUGCUGGACUCCGAGGAGCGGCCAGAAGACCUGCAGCUGCUGGACCAUGUGGACAGCGGCGAGGAAGUCUUGCCCAGGCAGCAGUACUUCAAACAGCACUGCAGUCAGCCUGAAGCCAGUCCAGAGAGCUCACAUUUUGAAAGGUCAAACCAAGCGUUGUCGGGCAGCGAGGAGGGUCUGGUGAGACUGAAGCAGCAGCAGGGUUCGGAUCCCAGCUCACAGUCCCGUGGGGCCGAGCAGCAGAGCGUGUUUCAGCAAAGUUCUGCAGCACAUGCUCUCAGCACAGAGACUGGGGGACAAGUGGAGAGGUUUGAAGCGGUUGGAACAGAGACAGCGAUUGACGAAGAAAUUCCUAAAAGCUACUUGCCACAGACGGUGAGACAAGGCGGCUACAUGCCGCAGUGAAAGUCUGGCUCCUGUACAACUUCAGCAGGCCCCAGGAAGAAAA